CCCCCCCCAGCCCUGCCGGUGCCCCUCACUCCCGACCCGCAGCCCCUGCCCCUUUCUCUCUCCCCCUCUCGGGGAAGCCCCAGGUGGGGGGAAGUUCCCUGCCUCAGUUCCCCUCGCAGACCCCUGGAGAUGGGAUGUGAGUCGGGGGACCGGGGCCUCGGCGGGGGGGCAGGAACUCGAGCUGCCCCAACAGCGAUGCUGAGAGCCCUGAUCCUCGCCCUGCUCUGGAGGGGGUCCCUUCCCCAGGGGCCCCAAUCCACCGACUACUCCUUGACGGUCCCGGCCCAGAUCAAGGUCCUGCGUGGCAUUUGCGGCCACAUCCCCUGUCGCUUCACCUACCCUUCCUGGAUGGAUGUACCCUACACCAGGGACAGUCUCCACGGCUACUGGUUCAAGGAACCGGCCGAUUACCUCUGGGACUCCCCCGUGGCCACCAGUGACCCAUCUCGGAAGGUCUCAGCCGAGGCCCGGGGCCGGUUCCGGCUCUCGGGGGCCCUGCAGGCCGGCGACUGCUCCCUGGACAUCCAGGAUGUGCAGACCAGCGACGCCGGGACCUAUGUUUUCCGCGUGGAGCGAGGGAUGUUCAAAUACACCUACAAGCCCAACAGAGAGCGACAGCACACCCAGCCCCAGGUCUCUGUGCUGGACGGGCCCAUCAUCCAGGCGCCCUGGCUGGACGCCACCCCCGGGAAGCUGCGGGCUGGUAAUGCAGUGAAUGUAACGUGCUGGACCCCCAGCUCCUGCUCCGAGCCCCCCCCCAGCGUGGCCUGGACGGGGCCCUUGGAGCUACCUCUGGCCCCAGCGAGUCGGGAUGCAGGGGGCACCAUGUACAGCUCUGAGCGCGGCUUCAGGCCCGUCGCUGGGGAUGAUGGGAGGGACCUCGUCUGCCGUGUUUCCUACCCUGGGUUCAAGAGGAUCACGGCCCAAGCCAGCGUCCAGCUCCAGAUCGUGUAUCCGCCCGGGACCCCAGAGGUAAACGGGACGCUGAGAAGAGACGGACAUGCUGAAGCAGUCAUGGUGGUGCUCGCGGGUGACCCACUUUUAGUACUGACCUGGGAGGGGGCCGCACUCAACCUGACCUGCAGGGCUGGGGGCAACCCCCCCGCCUCCGUGCACUGGACCCGAGGGAACAAGACCCUGGGAGACCCCGUCCAGGGGGGGCCGGCACACCUGGAGCUGCACAACUUAAGCGCCGCCAACACUGGGGUGUAUUGGUGCCAGGCCCAGAACAGCUAUGGGGCGGCCAACCGGAGCGUGCGGGUCCCCAUGCACUAUGCCCCCCGGGACCUGGGCAUUAACGUCUCUAUCUCUGGAGCCAAUGGGAGGAACUUCAAGAUUAUCCAAGGCAACAACGUGAAGCUGAAGGCUGUGGAGGGAGGCUCCGUGUGGGCGCUGUGCUCAGUGGACAGCAGCCCCCCAGCCCAGCUGAGCUGGGGGUUCAGGGGCCGUGACCUCAACACCUCCCAGCUUGGAGCAGGGGGCAGUGAGGGCAUCCUGCAGCUGUUGAAACUCCACCCCGAGCACGCCGGGAACUACCAGUGCCAGGCCACCAAUGACCUUGGGGGCAUCCAGGGGGGCUUCCAGCUGGUGGUGGAGUACAGCCCCCGCCCAGCUGCUGGCCCUGAUCCCGGCCUGUGGUGCAAGCACGAGUCCGGGGGGCUGUGCUGCCACUGCUCCCUGCGGGCAGAGCCCCCGGCCCAGCUGCACUGGGAAGUGAAUGGGGCCACAGUGCCUGGCAAAGACCACCAGACCAAGGGGAACUGCACGGACAGUGCCAUGCACUGGGAGGGGCCUGGGGACUCCGUCGUCUGCAUUGGCUCCAACUACCUCGGCUUCUACGCGCUGCAGGGGUCCGUCCACACCCUGGCUGCAGAGGGAUCCUCCAGGCUGCUGGGUCUGGGUGCAACGAUAGGUGCUGGCGCCUUCCUCCUGCUCCUCCUCCUCAUCAUCACGGCCCUCCUGCUCUGGGGCUGGCGAUUAACUGCCCCCCAGAGGAGCAAGAAGCCCCCAGACCUCAGGGAGGCCCAGGCUGAUGACAUCAACCUAGUCUACAGCAAUGUCCCCACCAGGGGCCCCCCCAACCCGGCAGCCCCCCUGGACCCCCACAGCCAGGACGAGACCCCCUACGCCAACAUUGACUUCUCCCGCCUGCCGGCCCCCAGCACCCCCUGCGACACCCCAGCCACUGAGUACGCCCAGAUUCGCUGCAUGGACCCACCCCCCUGUCGGGCGUGAGGGACAUCAUCUGGGCAGUUGGGGAGGGGGCUGGGGGUCAGGAAUGAGGGGCACCAGCAGGGCCGGAUGGGGCAGGGGGCACCAUUCCCAUAGGGCUGGGGUUGGGAGUGAGGGGCACCCGCCCCCUUGGGCUGGGGGGCAAGUGGCCAGGGAGAUGGGAGUCCAGCCCCCUGCAGAUCCUUAUAUGGGAAAGGGGGUGGGGCUUGGUCUGGGCCUGGUGCAUUGUGGGAUACUUGCCCCAGUGUGUUGUGGGUAGUAGGGGGUCCAACACGCCCUCCUGUCCUAUCUACUUGGGCCUGAUGCAUUGUGGGUAACUGGCCUCCCUUGACCUUUACCCUGAGGCUUGUGCAUGGUGGGAACCUCCCCCACCAGCUGCCCCAGGGCAUUGUAGGAAGGCAUCCCCUGGGGCCCAGGGUAUUGUGGGUAAGACCUGGGAUGCCCCUGCCCUUGCCUUUGGGGGCUCCAGGCUGGUGCCUUGUGGGCAGAUAUUGAUCCCUGAGUCCUCCAGAAGCCUGGCGAGGUAUCCCAGCAUGCUUUGCACCGGCCCCAGGCUUGGGAGGGGGGCUCCUUACAAUACAAUGUGUUGGUAUUUUGUGGCGUGAACGACCCAAAAAUGCAAUAAAAAACCCCAGAAAAUGCCCCCAA